AUGCUGUCAGCUGCGAAAUCCCAAGUAACGAAGACGGCCACACUGGUGACGCAUCUUGCGGAUGAAGCAGAACGCUCAGUUGAGACAUAUAAAGCCCUCGAAAACAACGCUCUCAGAGAUCACGCAAAGAACAUAACCAGCGAGGCAAAGAAGCUACAGAGGUCCAUGGAGAGGCUCAAGAACUACAUGGAAGCGCUGGAGAAAGGAUUCAAUGCGACGGUCGAAGACAGAGAGCCGACACAGGAGGAGCUGGAUUGUCUUGACGCAUAUGCGGCAAAGUAUGCCGAUGCAUACGAGAGAGCCGCAGAGGUACUCGACGACCUCAACAUUGAGCUCGAAAGAGCCACAGAGAAUUUGGAGGAUUAUCGAUCCACUCGUUCAUCGCAAAGCGUUCAUGAGGCAGAAGAUAACCAAGAGGAUCCAUUGCAUGAAGCAGAAGGAAACCAAGAUGUUACGCUGCAGGAAGACGCCACAUAUGAAGUACGGAACGAUAACGCAACGCUCAUUGAAAUUCUGCAAGGAUUUCAAAGAGCCAAUUCAGUCAAGCAAACGGAGUUGAAGAAGUUCAAAGGAGAUAGAUGGGAGUUCGAGAGGUUUAUGACCAUCUUCGAGGAGGUCAUCGGAAAAUCGAACAUGCGCGAGUUAUUGAAACUCAAUUAUCUAUUGAACGCCCUGGAAGGAGAACCCAGGGAACACAUCGAAUCGUUUGAGCUGACUGACGCCAACUAUCGACCAGCACUUGCCGCCCUGAAGAAGAAGUACGGGGACAAGAAAAAGGCUGUGUCGGAUUUACUAUCAAGGCUUAAGAAGGAAGAAGCCAGGAGCGAGUCUAUUAAGGACCAAAGGAGACUACUGGACAAAGUAACGGCCAUAGCCAACCAGUUGCUGCUCACGGACGAGAAAAUAGACAACACGCUCACACAAGAACUGAUCAUUGAGAAGUUCACUUUCCAAAUCCAGAAGGAGGUAUACGGAUGUAAGCUGGAUCGACCUGAAGAAUGGACGAUCCGUCAACUCCUCAAAGAUUUGGACAACAUCAUCACCAGGGAUGAAGAACUCCUGGAAUUGCUGUCAAAACGGUCACAAGACAAGAGUGGAAAGGACGGGAAGGACAAGAAGCCGAACGCUCGCAACGAGAAAUCUUCCGCGGACAACAAUCGAUUCCAGGAAAAGAAGGCGAGGAAGUGCUUGAUCUGUAACCGAGAGAACCACUACAUGUCUCAAUGCAGGACAAUGCCCAAUCCAAUUGACCGUACGAAAUUUUUGGAAAAAGAAGAUAGAUGUGGUCAAUGUUUACGCAAAGGACACAAGACGUCAAAUUGCCCUGGCAGAAUCUGCAAUAAGUGCAACAAGCCGGGGCACCACUUCGGUAACUGUCCAAACAAUGACUCAACUUCUCAUCAGAAGAAGACGGAGAAGAAAGACAAACAGAAGCCGACACAGGGACGCACGAUGGCUGCAAGCAUCAACGCAGAGUGUAACCAUGAGUCACAAGAUUCAAACGAAGAGGACACGAAAGACAAAAAGACUGCAGCAGCAACGACUCGUCCUAGCGGGGACACCACAACUUCUAUUCCAACUAUUCAAGCUGAAGCGUACAAUCCACACAAUUCCAAAUGGGAACGCAUCUCACUGAUGAUCGACACCGGAGCCGAUCUCACAUUCAUUUCGGAGAAGAUUGCGAACACCUGGAAACUCCCAAUAAUAAAGAAAGAUAAGUUUUCCCUAACUACUUUCAAAUCAGGAGAACAGAAACCAGGAGCAUACGCACUUACGAAAGUGAAAUGCAGAGUACCGAAUUCGAACAAGGAAUUGGAAAUCACACCCUACAUAUCAGAUCAAUUGGUAGGAAGGAUCAAGAAGAGGACGCUUCCGCCAGAGGACAUGAUGUACAUCCUGAAGAACGACAUCAGGAUGAACAAGGACGCUUUCGAGACAUCAGUUGUACCAGACAUGAUCAUCGGAGAUGAUUUCGUCACACUGAUUCUCACUGGAAACAUGGUACGUCUACCAUCAGGAAUGGCACUGCUGGAUACUGUAUUCGGGAAUACAACUAUUGGACGACCGAGAGAUUCACAAAUCGAGCUCAAUCCAUCGGAACACUACAUGUUCACAGCAAUUGGAAAAACAGCAAUCGAUGAAGCUCAAAGAGUCGAGGAGCAGCAGAAGAGAGACACCACCAUGAAGAAGCCGGAAGAGUUCACAGGAUCGCUUGUCAACGAGAAAGCAGAAAUGGAGCGAGCGACUGUGGAACAUUUCAAGAGGACUGUGGAAAAGAGAGAUAAGUCAUAUUACGUUCGCUUGCACAUGAAAGAGGAUCGCGAGGAGUUACCUGAUAACUACUCAAUCGCUGAGAAGAGACUCAUUAGUGUAGGACGACAAUACUCGAAAGAAGUAUUGAAAACGAUCGACACAGUAUUCCAAGACCAACUCGAGAAAGGAAUACUGGAAAUCGUUGACGCACACGAACGAACGGGAAAAAGACUUGUACACUACAAUCCGCACCAACCAGUCUUCACGCCAACGAAGACAACCACAAAAUGCAGAGUGGUUGUAGAUGGCUCCGCACACUUCAAGAACAAACCAUCCCUCAACGACCAGAUACAUCAAGGACCCACCAUUCUUCCGGACUUGAUGGGGAUGCUUUUACGUUUCCGAUCAGGAAAAACGGCUGUCACCUCGGACGUCGAGAAGGCUUUUUUGCAAGUCUAUCUCCAUGAGGAUGACAGAGAUGCUACAAGACUGCUAUGGGUCAAAGACAUCAACAAGGACUUCACAGGAGACAACAUCAUGGUGCUCCGCUUCACUCGAGUCCUUUUCGGUCUAAAUGUAAGCCCUUUCUUGUUAGCAGCAACGAUUAACCAUCACCUGGAGACAAUCAACGACCAGGACAUGGCCCGUGAGAUGUCUUACAAUCUGUAUGUGGACAAUCUUCUGAUGACAACGGAUAUGGAUCCAGGGAACAUCAUCAAACUAUACAGUUGCCCCAAGGAGACGUUCAAUGAAAUGGGAAUGAAUCUACGAGAAUUCACAACCAACUCCAAGGAACUGCGAGAGAUGAUUCCAGAGAAAGACGCAUCAGAAGAUACCACGCCCAAAGUAUUGGGAAUACCAUGGGACAUCGUGUAUUAA